AUGAGGAAGAAGAAGAAGAAAAGGAGAACAAAGAAGAGCUAUAAGAAGAAGAACAAAAGGAGGAUGAGGAAAAAGACAAAGGAUGAGGAAGAAGAGUUAAUGGCGGCUCCUGGACCGCCCACCGGAAUCAAUGAAAAAACCCCUAUUGACUGCGACGGCGGUGAAUUCGCGCCAGGAACUGUGAUGGAUUUGUUGUGUAAUUUUAUUCAAUCUUUGCAAAAGCCUCCUUCCGGCAGCGAAGACGCAGGGGACAAAAACAACCAAACUGAUGAUGAAGAAGAGUACGUAGGUACGAGUAGCAACGCAGCACCAAGUGGCGACGAAGAGAAUCCUGAAGUAGACCAUGAAGAUCAAGCCGAUGCUGAGCCAGAUGUGGAUAAGACACUUCUCACUAAAGUACUUUACAAUGUUUUAGCUCAGGAGUUGCAAAGAAAAACAACAGGAGGCAGAAAUCGUUUCAGCAAGAAUUCGGGCUAUCGUGGGGACUUCAAAGGUGGCCGUUGGAAUAACCGUUAUAGUGGGACAUAUAAAAGGAUCUAGACGAAUUUUGUUGAUGUGUUAAUCGUCCUAACCUAUUUUGUUAAUGGGGACAAAUGGUCGUGAACUCGGAUUGUGAUUCAAUCAUGAUGGU